ACGCAGAAAACUUGCGUUCAGCAGUUGAUUUUAUCAGCGUUUCAAACGCAAAGCGGCAAAUCGCGUUUAUAAGCGGUUGAAUUUUUUUUUUUCAACUCUUCCAUUUCCAGUUGCUGUCCAGAGCCUUUUUUCAUCAUGAAAAAUGCAUGCAAAGCAUUUUCAAGGUACUCAGAUGGACAAAACACUGAACACAGGAUGUUCCUACCAAGCUUGUCACACAUUGUAAUGACCAAUUCACACCUCAGACCUCUUCCACCCUUGGAAACAAGAUAUGUUAAUGACUUUUCACACCUCAAAUUCCUCAUG